AUGGGAUCGACAAUUCUUGUGCUUGUUGGAGCUGGCGCUGCGCUCGUCAGCGCCGUCACAGAGCGAGCAACUAUUUCCGAAAUUGAUGUAGUCACUGGCACUUUUGAGCUGGGAACUGCAAGAUCCCACACAGUCUCUUUGUUGUCGGCCAGCAUCGUUUCUGCGUCGACCUCCCUCGUUGCCUCAAAAGCUUCGGGAGUCGAGACGACUGGUCCUUUUGGAGAAUCCGUGGGUCAAGAUCAAUCCGGUUCUGAUACGGUCAGCGUCCAAGGCGUCACAACCAUUCGGUGCACAUCAUAUUAUCCCAUGCCUGCCUCUGCCUCUGUUCUUUACGGAAAUGUUACUUCAGCUGCUCGUGACGGCUGUUCCUCAAAGUCUAGCAUCUGUUCUCCUACAACCUCGUCCUCUGAAGGCAUGAUCUUUGCCCAGUCAACGAGUACCGACUCUGCUCACCCCUCUGGCGGUGCUAUCCCUUCAUCAAAUGUAAAUGACACUGCCCUUUCAGGUCCUUACCCUUCAAUGACUGGGACCAGCACUUUGUUCCCCACUGCCAUCGCCGCUACGACCACUUUAUCAUCUUGCAACAUCACCACAGCUACCGUGGUUACGACCGAGUCUCGUACGUUCACCAAGACCGUUGUCAGUUCCACUAGCGAUCUCACUGACUUGGACCCUUCUCUUCCCACGGGCACUUUGGUUUCACUUUCGAAUACUGCCGCCGCGGCCGGUUUCAACAGGUUCAAGAUCGCUCUGUUUGUAUUUGGUUUCAUCAGUCUGAUACUUUAA